CGCUGCGGCUGCCCCACGGUCGAUGUUCGUGCAUUGCGGGGCGCACAAAAGUUUGUGUGCAGGAGGCCUAAAAGAUUUGUUGCGUUUUUUCUUUUUGUUUCUGUUCAGCUAAAGAAACGUAAUAAACAGCACAAAUUAAUAGCAAUUUUUGAUGAGAAGUUACAUAAAAGUAGGGGGGAAAGUUGCCUGUUACAAGUGUCACUUCUGAACCCAAGUGCUUUUAAUGUGAUAGCCUUGGAUGGCAGCAGGAAGGAAUCCGUAUAUGGUCCGUAUAAUGGCAUAACUCGCUUCUAAUAGACGCCAUUGGUGUUUAGAUUAAUGGCACCGCUUGCUCCCGGGCGUCCACCUUCCCAGCACUUCUGUCCCUCGCCGGCUGCCAUAGUUCUAACCUGACGUCAUGUCCUGCCCUAAACUAACAUGAAAGUUUAGAGCGCGAAAUUAGGUUGGAGCAGUUACUGCAGUGCUCCUGCCUCGGAAGCGGCCGCCAUGGACCAAGUGUCCUGCAUGAAGAGCCUGCUCCUGGCAGUGGGGCAGUACCGCAGCUGUAAGAACGAGGCCAACGGGGCAGCGCUGCAGCGGCAGCUGGAGGCAUUCCUGGGGUUAAAGCUCAACAGGUUCUUUGUGUCCAGCCACAUCCUGCCCAGUGAGUGUGUGAGCAGCCUGGUGGAGCUCAUCGAGGACCCCAACAGCAGCCCUGCUGUCACCCUCAAGACCAUCACCCUGCUGUCCAGUCUGGCUUCUGAUGUUCAAACAAGACAAACUCUUUAUGCUGCCUACAAUGUCACCAGUGUGCUGGCUGGUGUGGUUCACCGGUACAGCUCCAUCCUCACCGAUCCUGUGCUAUUACAGAGCCUUCAGCUGCUGCAAAGACUGACCUACGAUGUAAGAGUUCUGCAUGCAAGUGUCAAUAUAGAGGAAUUAAUUUCCUUCUUGAUGAACAGAAUUCAGUCCCCUGAAGAUGAUCUAACCAUGCCGUGUCUUGGCCUUUUGGCAAACCUUUGCCGGAACAAUCUUUCUGUCCAGUCACAUGUCAAGUCAUUGAACAAUGUUAAAGCCUUCUAUCGCACCCUGAUUAGCUUCUUGGCCCACACCCGUUUGACUGUUGUAGUAUUUGCGCUUUCAAUACUCGCUAGUCUGACAUUAAAUGAAGAAGUGGGAGAAAAGCUUUUUCAUUCCAGAAAUAUUCAUCAAACAUUUCAGUUAAUAUUUAACAUUCUUGUCAAUGGGGAUGGUACUUUAACGAGAAAAUACUCAGUGGACCUUCUUAUGGAUUUGUUAAAAAACCCCAAAGUUGCAGAUUAUUUAUCAAGAUAUGAACAUUUCAAUUCAUGUCUUAUUCAAGUGCUGGGACUCCUACAUGGCAAGGAUCCUGAUUCAGCUAUGAAGGUGUUAGAAUUGUUGCUGGCUUUCUGCUCGGACCCCAAAUUACGGCACAUACUGCGACAGACUAUACUAGAACAAUCGAGUAUGCCUUCUGCAGGGAGUGGGAGACUUGGGCCACGUACAAAGUCUGCUGAGCCUGCUGUGGCUCUUGUUCAUUGGUCCAGCCAAGCACUGGACGCUCCUCAGAACUGUGCAGUACUGGCACUGGAGCUCUUCAAGGAAGUUUUUACAGAUGCCAUUGACACUGGGACCAGCCAGUCUGCAGAAAGGUUUGUCGAUCUUCUGUUGCCUGUUAUCCUUGAGCAACUUCAUGUUCCUGAUCCUUCCUUGGAUGAACAAUUAACAAAGAAGAAAUGUGAAAGAAUGGUGAAAUCAACAGACGUAUUGAUCACGCUCUGUACCGAAGACACAUUAAAAUCCCGGGUCGCCACAAAGCUUGCUGUCAACAGAUGUGUUGCUCUUGUAGAUUACCAGUUCGCCUUCAGUGGGGCAGACUCCAGCUUUGGGUCUAAAAUGGUGGAUGCUGAACUCUCCAAUGUUUCCUCAGAUGUUAUACUGAAGACUUUGGACGUUAUGAGCAGAAUAAAACAGUUGGUCACAAACAUGGAAGCUGCCUUCUAUAAGAUACUGCAGGACCAGCGUUUGAUUCAGUCACUGUCUUUUGCAUUAACUUCAGAUAACAGAGAGCGAGUUCAAGCUGGUCUUCGAAUAUUAUUUGAAGCUGCGCCACUGCCGGACUUCCCAGCAUUUGUGCUUGGGGAAAGUAUCGCUGCUAAUAAUGCAUAUAUACGGCAAGAAAAAGAUCAUCCAUCAAAAAGAUUUGGGUUGCUUGUUACUGCGAACAAUUGUAAACCACAACAGACCCCUAAAAUGCACAGCAUGGAUAUAUCAACCUUAAGUAUUCAGGAUCUCAUUCAAAAACUGAAGACCGGCAUGGAGUUGAAAGAACAAGUGAGUGAUGUUAGGAUUUCUGAUAUCAUGGAUGUUUAUGAACAAAAACUGUGCGCUCUAGCUUCUAAAGAGAGUCGGCUACAGGAUCUUUUAGAAGCAAAGACCUUAGCUCUUGCUCAAGCAGAUCGACUUAUUUCACAGUAUCAAUGUCAGAGAGCACAAGCUGAAGCAGAGGCAAGAAAGCUUGCUGCAUUACUUAAGGAGGCGGAAAGGAAGAAUGAGGAACUCUGCUUGCUUCUAAAGUCUCAACAACUUGAGUCUGAACGAGCAAAGAGUGACAUUGAGCAGUUAUUCCAGCACAGCAAGAAGUUACAAGUUGUGGCGGAAGAGCAUGAAAAACUAAAAGUCUCCUAUGCUGAUCACAUAUUGAAAUAUGAACUCUGUGAAAAACAGUACAAGGAGCUGCAGGCAUCGUAUAAUGUGUUAAGUAAGCAGGCAGAGACCAUGAAAAAGCUGAAUGACUCCCUCAAGCUACAGAAUGAAAAAACUCUGGCACAAUUAGAAGACAUUGAAAAUCAAAGAAAAGAAGUGUCCAAACAAUUACAAGAUCGAGAGAGCAAAAUAUUGAAUUUUCAACAGAAAGUAAAAGGGUUAGAGGAAAAAGUUAAGGCGAAACAAAAGGAGAAAGAAGAUAUGGAAGAAAGUAUUGAUAUCCUUCGUAAAGAAUUAAGCAAAACUGAACAAGCAAGGAAGGAACUGAGCAUUAGGACAUCUUCACUAGAAGUUCAGAAGACUCAGCUAGAAACCCGUCUGGAAGAGAGAGAAGCAAUUUUAAGAUCCCAACAAGAAGAGCUGAGCAAACAUUCAAAUAUGAUUGCCAUGAUACACAGCCUGAGCAGUGGCAAACUCAAUUCAGAGAAUGUGAACCUCAGCCUUUAGUAAAAAAAAA